GAUUUAUUCCGUUCUCAUUCUGUUUUAUAGUCUUGAGCGAGAAAAUUUUGUGUUUCCUAUCCUUUCGUCGUAUUAUAUUCACUACACAGCAUCAGACGAAUUCGAAAACGUUCGCUUCAGCAUCAAUAGUAUUUUUGUCGCCUUUCCAAUCAUCAAUCUGGGCAGCAGCAGCAGUGCUAAGGCAUCGUAUCUCUCUCCAAUCGUUUCAGUUGAGUUUGUUUGGCGAAUUGUGUACAACGUUCUACACUUUAAAUUUUCUCGAUAUUCAUAAUCAUAUUAUUUUGCGUGCGAAUUCAUUUUCAAUAACGGUGCAUUGAUUCGUUUUAACAGCAUCAGUGAAUUUUAAAUAAUAAUUAUAUAAAAAAAUACGAAACAAAAAACGAAAUCGAAAGAAUACGCAGCACAAAUAUUCUGGAAUUCAUCAUUUGCUCGACAGUAACAGAGAUACACGAGAAAAGCACAGCAGUUAAUAUACAGGCGAAAGAACAAAUUCAUAACAUCAAGUUCUCAACAGCAGUAAAAACGAAACAAGUUUCAAUACAUAUACAGAAAAAGAAAUAUAAGUAGAAAAAAACACGCAUUUUUAAAUACCUUUUUUGUGAUAAUACGCGUAUUGUUGUUUCCUAAAAAGUACUAGGUUGCAUCACAUUUAACAUACAAAAAAACAUUUUUAAAAAAAACUGUUAAAGUGUUUCUGUUACAUACAGUAUAUAAAAGGAAAGGCACAACAAUAACAAAAUAAACACGAAAACGAUACAUAUACACUCAUAAUUCAACAUAAAUCGUUUCACUGUCCAUACGACGUUGAAUUGUGUGUAGAAUUUCUCUGAGACGAAAAGUGUUAGAGAGUAAAUAAAAUAACAAAGAAAAUACGAAACAACAAUCUCGCAAAAAGAAAAAAAGUAUAUAUAUAUAUAUAAAACGGCAACAGCAGCAGCAUCAGCAUCAAUAAACUCGCUCACUUUUAGCCGAUAAAGACGUAUAAACAACAAGCACUGCAACUCACAACGUUAUACGAGAUUCAAGGCACAAACAUAUAAACAAAAAAAAAAAUGAAGAACUUCCUGUUAAUAUCGAUUUUGGCCAUGACUGUAGUGUCAUUCCUACCCCGAACCACAUACGGUUCAACAACAACGGAGGUCGAGGAACAACCGCAAGCUUUGCCGCUUACAGCUGAUAAAAAACCAGUUGGUGAGUUUUGGCAAGAAGACGAGCGUGAAGUAUUAGUUCGUUUGGUACGUGGUGCGAAAAAUAACAACGGCGCCAACAAUGGAUCUGGCUCUGGUAAGAAGGAGAAAAACAAAAGAGUUAAUAAUAGAAAAAAGUCCGAUGAGAAAGUCGAGAAAAAAGCUCCAUCCUGCCGAUAUGAAAAAAGCCAAUGGACUGAAUGUAAUCCAGAAACCAAUGUCAGAACACGAACCUUAUCGCUGAAAAAGGGUGACGAAGGUUGUAUACCAACAAGAACGAUUCAAAAGAAAUGCAAAAAAGCUUGCCGUUACGAUAAGGGUGAAUGGUCAAAAUGUGUGAAUGGAUCCAUGUCGCGAAAAGAUAAUGUUCGUUCUGGCAGCGAUGCGUCUUGCAAACCAACUCGUGAAAUCACCAAAAACUGCAACAAGGACAAAAAACAGAAAAAACAAGAUAAAAAUGGACGAAAGGGCCAUGCUUAAACGCAGCAACGCUUGCGGCAACAGCAUUGAUUGCACUUCACACACAGAAUUCAUCUCCGCGAGUGAAGAUAAAAAUCCACAAAUAAUAUUCCGUAAAAAAAAACAAACAAACAAA